AUGGAAAUUCUCAUGAAAGAAGACGUGGAUGGGUUAGGAUCUUUUGAUCCAGAAGAAGCUACUGAUAAUAGUCGGUUACAUAAGGAUGAUGAACAGAUUGAAGCAGAGUCCAAGACCGAGAAGGUUGAUGAUUGUCUCAUUCGUUCUCUCUGGGGGAGCAAUAGGUAUAAUUAUAUAUACUUAUCUUCAGAAGGUUCUUCAGGAGGGAUAAUAGUCAUGUGGAAGGAAGGCAUUGUUCAUAUGGAAGAUCAAUUGAUAGGUGCUUUUUCAGUUUCCAUUAAGUUUAGAAAUGCUUCUGAUAACUUUGUAUGGUUGUUUACUUCAGUUUAUGGUGCUUCUGAUUCGGGAUAUUAUAAUCAAUUCUGGCAAGAAUUGAGAGACAUUCGAAUUCUUUUUGAUGAACCAUGGCUAAUUGGAGGUGAUUUUAAUGCCAUUCUAUCUGAAGAUGAGAGAAACAUUCCUGGUGGUGCUAUGAGGAAUAUAAGAUCUUUUAGAGCCUUUGUUAACAAAUAUUCUCUAAUAGAUUUACCAAUGGCAGGUGGAAGAUUUACCUGGACUAAUUUUCAACAACAACCUUUUCUUAUCAGGUUGGAUAAUUUCAUAUUAUCUCACCCUGAAUUUCUUAUUAACCUAAAAAUUUGGUGGAAUUCUUUAAUUUUCACUGGCAAACCUAUUUUUAUCUUUGCUAAGAAGCUCCAAGCUUUAAAAGUUUUCAUUAAAAAAUGGCAGAAAAGUACUUUUGUGGAGAGGGAGCAAGCCAAACAACAUCAUUCUUCAAUUGCAAUGAAUAUAGCUAGAAAAGCUAAUCAGAGAGCAAAGGAGAAAUGGUUUAAAGAAGGUGAAUUGAAUUCUGCUUACCUACAUCAACUGGCUAAUUUCAAAUAUAAGUGCAACACUAUUUCUUGCCUGUCAGUUGAUGGUGCUCUCACUUAUGAUAAGAAGCAUAUUGCUACUGAAGCAAAGAAUUUAUAUUCUUCCUUAUUUACUGAAAAUCAUAAAGUGAGACCAGGCUUUGUCAGCUUAUAA